AUGGGGAGCAUUGCACCAGCCAGGAAUAUACGCAUAGGCGUCGAUGUCGGAGGCACCAACACCGAUGCCGUGGCGCUGGACCUCUCUGCACAGCACACGGAAAGCCGGGGUGUGAUUGCUCACUUCAAAACACCCACCACGCCCGACGUUACCUCCGGCAUCGAGACGGCCGUCGGCACCGUCAUCAAGGCAGCUGGUGUAUCGCUGGACAGUAUUGCCUGCGUGACCAUCGGAACAACUCACUUCAUCAACGCCGUAGUCGAGCAGGAUGCUCGACGUUUGCGCAAGGUUGGCGUUCUUCGCCUCUCAAAGUCCUUCCUCCGCCAGAUCCCGCCAUUCAGCGAGUUUCCCACUGGUCUGACACGCCUGAUGAAGAGCUACAUCGGUUACGUCGAUGGCGGUCUGCACAUUGACGGAGCCGAAGAAGCGCCCAUCGUCGAGGAGCAAGUGGUCCGCGAGUGCGCCGAGAUCAAGAAGCACGGCUUGUCAGCGCUCGUCGUGGCCGGCAUCUUCUCGCCCAUUGACGAAGAAUUCCAGCAGGAGAAGCGCGUUCGAGACAUCAUUCUACGCGAGAUCCCCGGAAUCGAUGUCGUCUGCUCGCACGAGGUCAGCAACAUCGGCUUCCUCGAGCGCGAGAAUGCGGCCAUUUUGAACGCUUCGAUCCUCAAGUACGGCCGCCGUACUGUCAGGGGUUUCCGCGAGGCGAUGAACAGGCUCAACCUCAAGUGCGGCCUGUACAUUACUCAAAACGACGGAACCCUGAUAGAUGCGGCAUCUGCGGCUCGUAUGCCCAUCAAAACAUUUUCCUCGGGCGCUACAAACUCAAUGCGAGGCGCCGCGUACCUAGCAGGAAAGUCCCUUGACGGUACUUCGGCCAUUGUCGUUGACAUUGGAGGCACCACCUCGGACGCUGGCGUUUUGCUGCAAUCUGGUUUCCCGAGACAAGCGUCUGCGUUCGUUACUGUGGCUGGCGUUAAGGUCAACUACAGCAUGCCAUUCCUGCACUCGAUUGGUCUUGGAGGUGGCUCGAUCGUUCGAGAGGCUGCCACAGGAAAAGUAACGGUGGGCCCCGAUUCAGUGGGCCACUACAUUACCACAGAGGCCAAGGUUUUUGGCGGUAGCAAGCUGACAGCAACAGAUGUCGCAGUCGCAGCCAAGAGAGCGGUAAUUGGAGAUGUCUCAAAGGUCAGCGAUGUGAGCUCUGAGCUUGUCAUCAGGGCCCAGGAGAGGAUAAAGGCUAUGCUGGAAGGAGUCAUUGAUCUCUGCAAGACUUCUCCGGACCCCUUGCCAGUCCUCCUUGUUGGUGGUGGUUCAGUCGUUGCCCCAGAAACUUUGAAGGGAGCGUCGAAAAUCAUAUGCCCACCUUUCCACGACGUCGCGAACGCUGUGGGAGCCGCAGUUAGUAAGGUUGGUGGCGUUGUAGAUCUCGUUCAGAGCACAGAGCAUCAAACGCAACAAGAGGCCAUCCAAAGGGCCAAAGACCUUGCCAUCAAGAGAGCAACAGAGGCUGGCGCAAUUCCGGAGACUGUCACCAUCACCGAGAUCGACUCGCUUCCUGUGUCUUAUGUGGCAAACAAGCUACGGACCGUCGUCAAAGCUGUUGGCGAGCUGGAUAUCGCGAGGCAGCCGACACCAUUGGAGGAAAAGGAUGAUUUCGGGGAAGAAGAAGUUGAGCAGAGCAAGGAUUACGGGGAAAAGUUCGUGGAAGAAGCGUCCAUCGACCCGUUCACCUACCGACCGGACGUCAAAAUCAAUCCAGAGACGGGCAUAGCCGAGUGGAACGUUUCAGAGACAGACGUGAACUGGCUUGCGGAAGGAUGCUACGUGCUGGGCUGUGCAGGAGGUGGCUCUCCAGCGGCCACCAGGAUCCAACUGCGGGACCAGCUGCGGGAGGGAUACACUUUCAAGAUCGUGGAUGCUAGUGUAUUACCUGACGAUGCCUGCGUCUACUGGGGCGGUCAUAUGGGUUCUCCGGCAGUUUCCGUUGAGCGACUGAAUGCCACCGAAACGGUCGAAGCGUUCAGAGCGCUGAUGGAGUACCUGAGACACGACUCCUUCGAUGCCGUUAUCGGUCUCGAAAUUGGCGGGGCGAACGGCCUGGAGCCGCUUCUCGUGGGCAGUUCCAAAUACUUCAACCGGCCAACCAUCGAUGCGGAUUUCAUGGGUCGAGCUUACCCAACAUACUGGCAGACGACAAUCGCGGUGCACGAGCCGGGGUCUCUCAUCCCCUGCGCCAUCGACUCUGGUGACGGUAAGACCAUCAUCAUGACAAGGGCAUCGACGGAUGAGAUUGUCGACCGGGCGCUCCGUGCAUCAUGCGCUGAGAUGGGAUCUCGUGUCGGAAAGGCGGGAGCGCCGACAACUGCGAGCAUUGUGCGCCGGACGGCGGUGAUCAACACGUAUUCGCUUGCAUGGCGCAUCGGGCGGUGCAUUGCGCGCAGUGAAGCCAGCAACACGCUGUCGAAGGUAUGUGAAUCGAUCGUGCAGGAGGUGGGUGGGGAGGCGACGGCUCGCAUUCUGUUCCGCGGCAAGAUUGUCGCAGUGGAGCGGCGGCUGUUCAAGGGCCACUCGUACGGAGAAAUCACCAUCGCAAGCAUGCCGGCAGAUGAGGAGGACGAGGGGGCCAAGGACGCUAUGCCGGCUUUGGCAACAGGCGGGACGCUGAAAAUCCCAUUCAAGAACGAGAACCUGUAUGCGGAACACAUUGCGGAAUCAGGCGAGCGGCGGAUGGUUUGCACGGUGCCAGACUUGAUCGCGGUGCUGGACACAGGCUCAGGGCGUGCGCUGGGAGUGCCCGAGUUUAGAUACGGGCUCCGGGUGACAGUGCUCGGAAUCACGGCAAGCCCGCAGUGGACCGGGACCGAAAUGGGGCUCAAGAUUGGUGGGCCCAAGGCGUUCGGCUAUGAGCUUGAGUACAAGCCGCUCGGGGUGUAUGUCGAGCCGAAGAGCGUGAUUGCGGAGUAUGUGUGA